AUGUGGCUGCUCCGUGGAUCGUGUGUCACAUCAAGGUGCGCCUUCGUCAAUGGAUGCUUGCCCCUUGUUAUCGGCUCUGGCAAAACUGAGGGGCCAUUCGUUAACUACGACAAGUUCUCGAGUUGCCCCGUCCACCUUAAGGACUUCCAGCUUCGAGUGUCAAUCGACGCAGCCCAGAUUAUAGGAAAGAGACUGAGAAAUGGCGAAGUCUACACGCCCACCGAAGGCACAGGCUGGAUCACCACCAGAGAGGUGUGGAAGCUUAUCGGCAGCCUCAAGGAUAUUAUUCACCGCCAAACCAGUCUCAUCAACUACGUCGUCGUAAGUCUCUUCCUGAUCAUCUAA